AUGGCGGCCAAACAGAAGAGUCAAAAGAGUUUGGCAUUUUUCUUAAAUAGUUUCAAGAAAAGCCUGAAUGUGUUUCUAAGGGAAACUGGACUGCAUGGACUCAAAUUUGUGGGCGACUCAACGCUCAGCAUUUGGGAAAGAUCCUUCUUCUUGAUUGCAUUCUUGGCCGCAUUCGUGAUGACCUGUCAGCUGAUAGCGAAUAUUUAUGCCAAGUGGAAUAGUACGCCAGUUAUCAUAGGCAUCAGUCCGCAUGCCACAUCGAUUUUGAAGGUGCCCUUCCCGGCCAUAACUAUAUGCAACAUGAAUCAGGUGCAGCGCAGCAAAGUGCUGCAAUACAAGAAGGGUUCGAGUGAGUUUGAUGUUCUGAAACUGCUCUGCAGUCCCGAGUCGGCCGAAACUGAGGAAUCUGUUGAUACUGACCCAAUGAUGUGGUCCACUUCUUUUUGCAACAACAGCUUAAAAAUAUCCGACUUUGUGACCAAUCAUUCCCAGCCUUGCGGACAAAUGCUGCGGUAUUGCAGAUUUAGUGCCGUGGAGUAUGAUUGCGCCCAAUUAUUCCGCCAAAUUAUCACUGAUGAGGGCUUAUGUUGUGUAUUCAAUUUUCUGCCUUCAGAGUUUUUAUAUAAGCCCUAUUCGAACAGUGGCAGAAACUUAACAUCAAGACUUGGACACGUGCCCGUCGCUUGGGACCCAGAAACCGGAUAUCCCGACAACUUGCCAAGAUUAUAUUAUCCAACAACGGCCGUUGGUACCGGCAUAACAAUGGGAUUUACGGCUGUUCUGGAUGCACAACUGAGCGAAUAUUAUUGCUCCUCUACGAACGGAAUUGGUUUCAAGAUCCUAUUUCACAAUCCCAUAACAAUGCCAAAUGUUAAGGAGGAGGGCCUUGUUUUGGGCGUUGGCUACGAGACGAACUUUCGCCUUGAGGUUAGCAGCUCAGAAGCGAUGCCGACCAUUCGCUCCAUAUCACGCGACGAUCGACAGUGUGUUUUUAAGAACGAGAAGGAGCUGCUCUACCACAAGAUCUACACACACAAAUAUUGUGAAAACGAAUGCAUCGCCAAGUUUCUGUACAAGUCCUGCAACUGCAUACCCUACACCUAUCCGCAUAUUUACAGAAAUGCGAGCGUUUGCAGCGUGAGGGAUUCGAUCUGCAUCCGUCGCGCCCAGCGUCCGGAGAAUCGGGCGGAGUCGUCGAAAUGCCGGAAGGAAUGCCUGCCCAGCUGCUUUGAUAUAUCAUAUGCAGCCGAUGCGCUAUACUUUCCCCUGGCCAAACGCGACUUCCGGAUUGCUAACAAACAGGUGGCCAAUAUGAACAAAUCCUAUGUGCUGGAGAACAUUGCCGUCAUGAAUUUGUACUACCGGGAAUCUGCCUAUUACGGCAGUAUGAAGAACGUCUAUAUCGGCUUUACGGAGUUCUUGUCUAAUAUUGGCGGUGUCAUGGGAUUGUUUAUGGGUUUCAGCGUGAUCUCAAUUGCCGAAGUGCUCUACUUUUUAGUUUUGAAACCAAUUUCAGAGCUCAUAUCAUGGAAGCGCAGUAAAAAACUGGAUGGCAUUAAACAUAAUCCAUUGGAGGUGACGGAAACGUAUGGAUUCAACCAAAACAAAAAUAUAUGGCAUACCAAAGAACUGUAUCCCAAGGGAAUCGCAGCAAAGAGCAGGAAAACUACAAAGAAUCUUCGCAUCAAAGACAGGCUAGAUAAAAGGGCUUUUCUGUAA